CUCCCUAACCCUUAUGCCCAUCACAUCCCAAUAGCCCGUUUUCGAACUCCACUAAAAGAGCAAAAGCUACAUACCACACCAACACUAGUACUAACAUAACCCCAGCCCUAUCUAAACUCUACACUUUCCCCCAUGCCACCCCAUCCCAUGCCCAUCUGCAACAACGCCAAGAAAAAACACCGGAAGCCGUCAUCCAGCACAUAUUACGCAUCGGAACCUCACAGCAGCCCAAAAGAAAACAAGCCACCCUCACACCGCCCCCCCUGCACAGCGCUUACCUUCACCCAUCCGAACAACCCAACCAUUCAGGACCUCCUCAAUCCCCGAUUUUUCUCCAUAUCAACUCCCCAACACAGCAAAGCCCCUCAACCUAGCCUUCCUAGAAUAAAAUAUCCAUGAGACCCAUUAAUCAUUUGUACCGCAACCCUUGUAAAUCUUCCCUUACUGUGAAGAAGA